GGAGGUUACUGAAAAGUAUGUGAGGGAAAGGGUCAAACAAUAAUCGCGUCACUGUCUGGAGAUACUUGAUUUAACAUUUGGACAUUAACAAGAAAACGCGAACGACAAGUACUAUACCUUCAAAUGUGACAGAUGUUUGUUGUAAGAGAUGUCACAAAUUGAUAUUCAGGAUUUAUUUAACAAAAGCAGGUUUCCCAGCGAUUGGCGCCUUCUACUUGUAAUUUUAUAUACGCCAAUAGGAUUUGUACUUGUGUUGCUGCGACUGUUGGUGGUAUUGCUGUCCUGGCUUCUAGCAUCACUACUACCUGAUUGCAAUUCUCUUCGAACAUUUUUAAGUUAUGGCAUUAGGAUUGCUUUUGGUAUCGUAAUUAAAAUCGAUACUGAGAAUGAACCCAGAGACAAGCAAUCGAGAAUAAUAAUCGCUAAUAGUGUAUCAGUUCUGGAUCACUUUGCCUUACGUCGUACAACACAAACGGUAAUCCCUAGUGUUUGGGAGUUACCUACUGCCUUGAGUAAUGCGCUGGGAAUCCAAAAAAUGAAUAUGAACAAUAAGGAGACACUAAUUGCCAACAUAAAGCAAUUUCUUUCUACUUCUACAUAUAGUGUGUCUGUACAGCCCGAAUUUGGCACAACUAACAACCAAGUUGCUCUGUUGAAAUUCAAUUCCUGGCCAUUCAGUAUAGAAACAUCUGUCCAGCCAGUUGCUAUCAAAGCGUCAAGACCAGAACUUGUACCUGUGCAGCUUACCUCAUUGGCUUCAACAAGGUUGACAGAAGUAUUUUGGUUUAUGUUUGUGCCCUAUACAGUUUUCACACUCAAGUACCUGAAAAUCAGACGAAACUCUGAUCAUGAGAUACUUGUACGAGAAGUGGAAAAAGAUAUCGCAGAUGCUUUGAGACUUCAGACAUGUUCUCAUACUGUAUCAGACAAAAUUGAGUAUGAAAAGCGCUACCGCACGAGAAUACUCAGUAACGCGCGUCCUACCAGAAAUACGCCAAACUCACAAGUUAUACAUAGUAUAGAAAUACAAAGGAUGGUUCAUCAAGUCAGCGAAGUACUUCCAUUUGUUCCACACAAUGUGAUUCUACGAGAUCUCAUGAAAACUCGAAACGUUGAUGUUACGAUCGCCAAUAUUCUCGAUGGCAUAGUUACUUAUACUCCAGAACCUAAUCCACAAGCUCAAUCAUCUGUAACAUCGUCCAGUGCAUCUUCAAGUUCUACGAAGGCUAACAUAUUGGGUACUAUUUCCUUCCAAGAGAAGAAAGCUAAAAUGAUACAAGAAGCUAGGGAAAGGUAUAUUAAAAAACAUGGACUGACAAAUUGCUGA